CUCACCGCCCGUUAAACCGCUAGUGUCUAUGGGCCUUUUCCUGCUAAACAGAACAGGCCUUCCGUAACCCGCAUCAAUAUGCCGUCGUCAUCAGUACAAGUACAUGACGGCGACGAAGGCCAUGAAGGGUAUGAAGAUGACGGCGAUGAAGACGAUGAAGGUGAUGAUGAAGGCAAAAACCUUCGUGCUCAUCUGAUAUGGAUGUGUUCAAGCAAAGGUAGGCGAUAAAACCCCCCAUUUUUCCAAAUCUCUCCUUCUCUGCCCUCUCCCUCUCCCCUAACUUUCCUCUGACCUGAGAUCCUCCCGUCGCUCUUUUCGUGCUUGAUCUUCUGUCGAAGAUGGGAAGCAACUGCUCUUCAGUCCUGGCCCCCUGUCACGACACUGACGGGUCACACUUUGCCGUGCUUCCCCGCUGCGGUACCUGUGAUACCCCCAUCAACGCCAGCGACAAGGUCGUUGCACUGGUUGGAGAUAGAACCGUGCCUACUUAUUUCAGACAAACGGACGAGUUCCCGUUUCCCAACCUCCACUGGGACGACUUCAUCGUCGCAAGCCGCCUAUUCUGCCGCAACUUUGAACGGUGCGGAUGGCUCGGUCUGGCAGUGCCCGUCCACGCGGACUGCCUCAACCUCUUGCGGCACAACUGCCCCCUUGCGGUUGAGGACGCCUUACGUCGCGUCUGGACCAUCCGGGCAUGGAGCCUCCCGUUGUUUGACGCCGCCCCGCUCGAUGUCGAGCACCCAUUCGUCAUGUCCCGACAUGCGCUCGACAGAGUAUCCGCCGCCGCGGGUCUUCCACAGCUCCCUCAACUGCCAGCGGAACUGCUCGAGAUGACCAGAGUGAAGGACCCGCACUCUUGGUUCUGGAGAGCCGUCGCGACGCUAACCCUGGCGGCCGAUCUCCCCAACAUGUCCGAUGCCCGCACCCAGGGCACCCUAUCGCUGGAGCAGAUCGCGUUUUGGGACCGCGAUACCGGCCUGACGCUCAUCAGCCCUGGGGAGGACUCGGAGUGUGGACCCUUGGUGCGCAUCGCCUUCGACGCUCACGGCAUCAAGAAGCUCGAGCGUCUCCACGGGUUUGGGCCAUCGCCCAAGGGGCCAGCGAGGGAGGACGCCGCGUACGUCGUGGCGCCGCUUUCGGCCAUCCGCGAGCUCCCCCUCUCGCACCAGAACGGGCGCCUCCGCAUCCAGGCGCUCUCCCGCGACCCGUCGAGCCCGCUGCGCUGGCACCUCCAGAUGUGGAACACACCGUCCCCGCCGUUGAGCAACACCCCUCACGUUGCUCUCGUCAAAGACGACCGGGAGGUGCCGGUCAUCACCCGCGCGUUCGAGCUCCGGGCCAUCACCGGAAUCACCCGGCUCUACCGCAGGAAGGCCAUCGUCGCCGUGCACGUCCACGACGCGAAGCACCCCACCGCCCUGGCAGCGUACCGCCGCCUGUUCGCCCGCCACCGGUUCGCCCGCCACCGCAAGCCCACCUGGACCUACCUCCCAGUCAACCAAGCCACCGACCCCAUCCUGGCCAUGGGGUUCCGGGAGGCGCCAUCCACCAACGCCAACAUCACCACCACCACCACCACCCGCGCGCCCGGCCACCGCAGAACCCAACUCCUCGUCCGCCAGCAACUCUCCGGCGACACCCACAUGGGCGACAGCCGGCUGCCCAACCCAACGACCGUCCUCAACCCACCCCGCACCCUCGACACGCUCCAAGCCCACCCCACAACCUUCGCGAGCAACCCGUCUCGUACCUCGCCGCCUGCCGCCACCCCCCCCACCCCCGGCGACGACGAACCCUACCACUACCCGCCCAACAACGUCCCCUGUAACCCGCCCUUCGCGCCCUCCGCCCAACCCCUCAAGCCCGACCGCGCCCUCCUCGCCCCCGCCCACCGCCACGGCGUGUUCAGCACGGCGCCGCUGAGCGGGGUGGAGCGCGUGGACCUGUACCGCGCUGGUGGUGACGAGGAGAUCGCGCUGGCGGGGUAUGGGUUCGAGGGCGCCGUGUUCUACUACGCGAACGGGGCGCGGCGGGCGGUCGGGCACGUGCGGGUUGGGGUGGACGAGGCGAGGCGGGUGGUCGGGCCGGUGGGGGUUGUGGUGCGGAAGGCGACGGUGCUGCGCAGGCCGGUGGUGAGCGUGGAGUUCCUGGUGGAGGGGGUGGUGGGUGACGGUGAUGCGGGUGCGGGUGCGGUGACGGUGACGGGUGCUAGUACGGUGGCGCGUGCGUCGGCGAGUCAAAGGUCGAAGCGGACAUACCCCAUGACGGGGGACUUUCGGUGCUGGUGUGACUGGCCGCAUGUGGCGGUGGAGAUUGCGCGGGAGGGAGAAGAGGAGGAUGAUGACGGGGAAGUGGACUCGGACGUGGAGGAGCUAGAGGGCCCGGAUGAGGAGCACCCCGACGAGGAGGAGGAGUAGGGUGGUGGCUUCGGUGGCGACCUUGGGUACUGAAGUUUGGACUUGGAGUUAUG